AUGAGCCGCCGAGAAACAAAGAUUUAUACCGCUUUACCCAAAACUCCCACUGAGACGGUGCAAUUCCAGAUGCCGUCAGGUGCUUCUGUCAACUACGCUAUCUUCCAAGAAAUCGGAACCAGCACAUUACUUGUACAAUGUGAUCUUUGCAACAGAUACCUCCCGCUUACAAAACAUAAAUCUACAAUUCACUAUCAAAGACACCGGGGGAGUGUGAUUUGCAGGGAUGUUCAAGAUCAAAACAAUGCUGCUCGUCUUGACAUUGCUACUCCCAUUCAAUCACAACCUGGAACAACAUUCAUCAACUCUUUCCAAGAACCGAGAUUCAGUAGAAGUAACUCGCCACUUACCAAUUCAGCUUCCCCUUCCGCUACACCGACACAAACCUCAUUUUCAUUUGAUUAUCCAUCCCACAACGUGCCUGCGCUGCGUGCUGAUGACCUUCCACCAUCAUCUCCACCUCCUUUGAGUCCUACAUCUGACCGAGGGAGCGAGGAUGAAUUCACUUUCCUGUUUGCAUAUAUCUCAGGAAAGAGGAUGAGAUGGACCCUGAACCCUGAACACAGCCCAUUCAUGAUCAUGGCAAUGACAGCUUUCUAUAUUUGGAUAUGGACCCUGAACCCUGAACACAGCCUCUCCAACUUACUAAGCAAUAUUCUGAUUUUCUACACAUUUUUGGCCAAUUUAUUUGCCAUUUUUCCUGAUUUUAUGGCUGCUUCUCUCCUUAAGAGAAAAGGUUCCCGCGGUGAUGAAAGUCCAGAAAAGCUUGAAGAUAGUUUUCCGGAUAAUGUUUGUACUGGCCAAAUUAUUGAAUGGAAAGCUGGUUCCGUGUGGGAUACCUAUGCAUUCCAACAGCAUGAUGGCAACGAUAUUGGGUGGGCACCCAUUGGUUAUGAAGGACCGGGGUGGAUUCGACUUCAAUCUAACUCCUGCAAUAUAUUUCUGACAACAAAAAUUGAAAUGAAUCGUCGAGCAUGCGCUAAAUGCUUCAGUUUAUUGAACUCGAAAGCUCUGAGGAAAUUUAUGGACCGUGCAGAAAAAGAUAUUAUGCCUCACACUCCAUGGAAAUAUUUAAAUGCGAGACAGCUCAAGAAUAUGCUUACAAUGUCUCGAAAGAGGGCCAAUGCACUCCACAUAAAGCUAUCACUAUGUGCUCAACAAGUUGGACGCUUACAGAAGAAGCUAAAUGACUAUCAACGGAUGAUCAUGCUUAUCUCACAAAAUAGGAUUGCUGGGGUCUCCAGGAUUUUAUCUGUCGCACUGCGAAAUGGAGCUAAUGAAGAAGCUAUCUGCAUGAAACUUCAUUGUGCAAUUGAAGGAACAUACAGACCCCAUUCAGGAUGGACAGAACGGGAAUUUGACACCGCAUUUUUAACCAAGGCAAUUGGUGGCCCAAGGUUGCUUUAUGCACUCCAGAAAGCGGAGGGGUAUCCAUCGCUCAGCACAUUGCGAAAGCGGAAACCAAUUCCUGAGCUUUCUGUAUCAGUGGGAAAGCCAAUUAUAUCUGAAUUCUCUGCAAAUAUUUCCGCAUUUCUGGGGGAAAGGGGACGAAAGCCAUCAGCAGCUUCACAAGUACAAAUUGUCAUUGAUGGAGCUGCAAUCGAAGAGGCUAUCCGCUUUGAUUUUAAACGGAAAUCUCUGCUAGGACUUUGCCGUGAGCACUGUGGAAAUAUUAAAACAACUGUGGACGACAUUCAAGACCUUCACAAUGUAGCUCAUGCUCUCGACGCAAAUGAAAGUGAUCAUCAACUUUGUCAUUAUGGAAAAGAUGCAACGGUCCUCGGGAUAGCGCCGGUUACAGGUAUAGAAAAUUAUCAUGUAACUCCCCUUGUCCUAGCCAGCUCUUGCAAAACAGAAAAGGGCGAGCAGCUGGCACUGUGGGUUGCAAAUUUCAUAGAAACCUACCAUAAACAUCCUGAUGGCGAGGCACGACAUGGCCCAAUAUUUACUAUUGCCACAGAUGGAGAAUCCUCAUUUCGAAAACUCCGCUUUAUCAUCGGACUUGGCAAAGAAACUGUCAAGCAGGAAUCUGACCUUGGUAAAAAAAUAUUUGGGCUUCCUGGAUUGAAUUUAGAAACAGGCCACAACGGACUAUUGGGAACUUGUGAUCCCAAACACAUCGUAAAACGGUUUGCAACAAUGAUUAGGUCGCCAAAGGGUGUACAAGUUGGAAAUGUACACAUUACAUCAGGUGAUGUACUUCGUGCUCUCGAGCAAUUGCCAGAUAUGACACCAGAAGAGGCGUUAAAUUUACUCAGUCCAGUGGAUAAGCAAAAUGUUCCCAAAGCAGUUAACUUGCUUCAAUGUCUGACACUCCUAGAUGGCCAAAAAACUAUCACCAAUAACCCGACACUUCAAGAGAGAAUGCGAUGCAUUGCUUUUAUUUCAAAAGUCUUGGGAUCCUUCCUCUAUCCAUUUAUUAAUGUCGAGUUAUCACUAUCAGAGCAGAUCCGCGCAUUAUCGCGAUAUGCCCAUUUAAUCACAGCAUUAUAUCUGCGACAUGGUCUUGAAUUUAUGUCAAGUGCCCUCAUUGCAGAUUCCCAAGCAAUCGUAAAGAAUAUAAUCUUUACAACUGCACGGCUACAAAUUUCAGAUCCAAACAUACCUUAUUUCAUUCUGUUUGAAGGGACAGACCGGUUGGAAAAUGUUUUCUCCCAUGUACGCACUCAAGACCAUGCUCGCAACUUCGACAUUCAACAGCUCUCACAGAAAUUGAGCAUCGGCGCAGAAAUAGAUGCUAUCUUUCAACGGCAUCCUGACCUUGAUCGAGGACACAUUCGUCGCAAUCUUGUCAAUGCUCGAGGGAUUGAUCACAUGAAUCCCAAAUCAUGGAUUGGCGACGUCCGCGUCGGUAACGUUGAUCUCAAGUCUGAAUACCUUGCUGGAAGGCUAGAGGCCAAUGAAAUUCUAAACGAACAUUUCCACAGUAAAUCAGCUGCCCCUAACUUCGACAAACUCUUUUCAAAGCCACACACAGAUCAUCUUCGACCAAAAACAGAAUACAUUGGAAAUCGGGAUGUAGACGAUGACAACGUCGAAAUUGAUGAUGGAAUUGCGACAGGACAUCUUGAUAUUGGCGUAUCCGAGGCUGGCGACAGCAUCGUCGAGGAUGCAGCCAGUACCAUCGAUGCAGACGAAUUUACUGGGAUUGAAUUUCAGCAGAGCGACCUUCUGAAUCCAACAACAGAAAUGGCUGGAACAUCCUACCUUCUUGUUGAGGGCCAGAAACAAUAUAUUCCAACUCUCGUCAGUCAAAUACUUGGCGCCGACAGAAAGAAAAAAUCAUUGAGCACAACGCACGGACUUCGCGUACAAGGGAUCACGGUCGAGCAAUCAUUGCGAAGAUCCCUGAAUAUUAAUUCCUCAGGAGAUGACCUAGACGUGUCUGAAGAAAAGGUCAAGGCUGGUGACCUUGGAGGCAUAUUGGUUCGCGUGGGCGAAUAUAUCUGUCUUGCAGUCGUUGAGGUCCUGAACUUUCGAAAGGGCACUUCGAAGACUAACCUUGCAUCGAUCGACGUAAACGAUCUUGACUCCGAGGGUCAGCAUGCAGUAACUGUGGCCAUUCAAAUAAUUGAAUUGAUUGCUGAGGAACCAAAGGACGAAUCUGAGAAACUUACUUGGUGGUGGUCUCAAGAGUAUAUCCCAUUGGUAGCUAACGAAGGUGGCACUGUCCGCCAACGGCACCUUGUGAAGCACAUACCAGGGAAGGUAUUUCAUCCUCUCUCGCCAAAAAUUAUAUACAACUCAGCUGGUCAUCCGAUAUGGUCUCUCGACCAUUUCGAUCUUGAACGGACACUUGCGCAUGCAUGGUCGGCUUUGGAUCCCGAAUCUGCGAACAUUGCGGAAACAGUUACCUUGCUUCCAAUGAUUAGUGGCCCGAAAGGACUCAAUAAACUUCCUUACCGUCGAAUGGAGCUCGAAACACUGGCCACACUUUUUAUUACGCCAGACAAGAUUACCACUCCCUUGAACCUAGUCAAACUCAACGGAACUGAUCAACGCCCGUGUCACAUUUGUAACAAAAUACUCCACAUAAACGAAAUGAGAAAUCACGUUGGCAUCCACAUAUUAAAGGCUUGCCGAGAUGUCGUUGAUCUAGUGGUAAAAGAGAUCGGGGCCGAUGCAUGCGGUUGGUGUGGUAGGGAUGGUUGCAAGACCCAGCUUGUGGAGAGCAAGAACACUGUAAAGAUCACAUCAAAUUGUGAGUACCACUACGAAAAAAUGCAAUAUAAGGCAGCUGGUAGACCCACCAACCUGAAACCGUGUACCAACAUCCCUCUUAACUGCACCAUCUGCCCCCCUGCGUCAAAUGGACAGUUAGUCACAUUUUGGAAAUAUGAAUUCAUCACUCACAUGGUGGACAAGCAUCUUCUCCAGGACGACGAACUUCCCAGUCUUCCAUUGCAGCUCUGGGCAACCACACAUAUCAGCAGAUGGGAGGAGUUGAAGAUGGGGAUUCCGGUGGAUAGUACAGAUGAAUGGAGAGAUGUGAAUCAGGUGUUGGAUAGCGACGACGUGAACGUUAUACUGGAAGAGGAUGUCAAAGACGACGACAUCUACGUGGAAGAAGAGGUUGCGAUGUGUUACCGUGAAUACUACAAGUCUAUCGCAUUGUUCUCCCAUAUCCGACCCUGGAUUCAACUCCUUUGGGACUUUGAUGGGACAAGACGAAGGGAGUCGUUUUCUCGGGAUCUUCUGCUUGCAGCCCCUUGCCCUAUCCCUUUUGUUACAAUUGAUCCAUUCCCUAUGUGUAUGACCAGCGCCCACAAUGUGGGACUUGUGUGUAGCGCUUUCUGCAUCGUUCCGCUGUCGAUUGGCCUACGAAGUGUUCAUGACGUUCCAAAGGGAAUAGGGCAAAAGUAUAAGGAGAAGACAAAUACCAUCCAUGCACUGCCCCAAAUUCCGCUCCAUCUUUAUAUCGCCUGCUUAUCCACCCCUGUUCCCUCAAUGACCGAGUCGUUCGAAAGCUGCGGUGUUGUCGACAUUCAACCGAUCUUCCACAACCACAACCUCCGUCACGUCCAUCGUAGUCAUCCUACACGUUGGAAGCACAGGGCUUUGUGCCCAGUCGAAUGGUCAGCGGCUCAAACGCGCAACAACGCCAACAUACCUUUUAGAGUGUCAUCAACAGCCGAGGGCAAUCGUUAUGUGGGAGGAGACGCGACGAAGAAGCUUGGGUAUCCAGUGUGUGACAACCAGCCUGCAGGAAGGCACGGUUCUAAAAUGUCGAUGAGCAAGGUGAAAGUCAACGAGGACAGACCCACCAGACAACUUACUGAUGUCACAGCGGUGAAUGACGACGACAAUCGCGAGGUUAACAACAAGAGGGCAGUGGAGUUCGACGACGAAAAGAGAAGAAAAUGCUUUAAUUUGAUUUUUGGACUUCGGCGGAUCGCUAUCACGCAGCGUGCAAAGUUCGAACCUAUUCCUCCAACUUUACCUCUGGACUGGCCCGACGCAACGUAUCGCUUUCCGGAAAACAUUCCUCUGCUGCUGUGCCUUCCUAACUGCUGCUACCACGUUUUCUUGUUACAACAUACCCCUUGCCACUCAAACUCGAUUUUUCGAGUUCCGGGAAUCGCCCUCACUCUAUCCACCCUCCUUGACAUCUGUGCCACCCCGCUCUUCCAAUAUUGGCCCGACGCAACAUAUUGCGUUCCAGCAAACACACUGAUAUGGCUGUGUCUUCCAAACGCGUCAUUCCCUUCCAGAUCCACUCUUGCAAUUAUCUUUGAAUUUCAAAGUCCGGCCAUCGCUAUGAGUUCCCGCGAUUGCCUUCACAUCACUCACUCUGACGGUUAUCUUUUGAAUUUCAAAGUCUGGCCAUCGCUAUGUGGUCACUGUUUUCUUUACGUCGCUUCUCAAGCUCGACCUUUCGCCAAUUUCCACGAUCACGCUCACGCCGCUCAAUAUUCUAUGUGCCGUGCGAUUUCCAUCACCCUAGCCAUUCAUGUUUGCGAGAUUUAUGGGAAACAUGGCAACAUAUCUUUCUCUUAG